GCGCUGUCCGGCCUCUAUACCCGCGGCGGACCCGACGCCGUUGUGGCUUCUCGCCUUCCACCCUUCUUCCCUGGCUGUGGACUCCUCCCGCCGCCAUGGCAUCUAUCAAUCUCCAGAAAGCAAUAGACCUUGCUAGCAAAGCAGCACAAGAAGAUAAAGCAGGGAACUAUGAAGAAGCCUUCAAUCUAUAUCAAAAUGCUGUACAGUAUUUUCUCCAUGUAGUUAAAUAUGAAGCACAAGGUGACAAAGCAAAGCAAAGUAUCAGGGCAAAGUGUACAGAAUAUCUUGAUAGAGCCGAGAAACUAAAAGAAUACCUGAAAAAGAAAGAGAAAGCCUCACAGAAGCCAGUGAAAGAGGGACAAUCCAGCCCAACUGAUGAGAAGGGGAAUGACAGUGAUGGGGAUGGAGAAUCAGAUGAUCCAGAAAAAAAGAAACUGCAGAAUCAACUUCAAGGUGCCAUUGUUAUAGAACGACCAAACGUAAAAUGGAGUGAUGUUGCUGGUCUUGAAGGAGCCAAAGAAGCUCUUAAAGAAGCUGUGAUAUUGCCCAUUAAGUUUCCACAUCUCUUUACAGGUAAAAGAACCCCAUGGAGAGGCAUCCUUCUUUUUGGGCCACCUGGAACAGGGAAAUCCUACUUGGCCAAAGCAGUUGCUACAGAAGCCAACAACUCAACAUUUUUUUCAAUAUCUUCCUCUGACCUUGUCUCCAAAUGGCUAGGUGAAAGUGAAAAGCUAGUUAAGAAUUUAUUUCAGCUCGCCAGAGAGAACAAGCCUUCUAUUAUCUUCAUUGAUGAAAUUGAUUCUCUAUGUGGCUCUAGAAGUGAAAAUGAAAGUGAAGCUGCCCGGCGAAUUAAAACAGAAUUUCUAGUUCAAAUGCAAGGGGUUGGUGUGGACAAUGAUGGAAUUUUGGUACUGGGAGCUACAAAUAUACCCUGGGUUCUGGAUUCUGCUAUCAGGCGAAGAUUUGAGAAACGUAUUUAUAUUCCUUUACCUGAAGAUCAUGCCAGGGCAGCAAUGUUUAAAUUACAUUUGGGGACCACACACAACAGCCUAUCAGAAGCAGACUUCCGAGAACUGGGGAAGAAGACAGAUGGCUAUUCAGGGGCUGACAUCAGUAUCAUUGUACGAGAUGCACUGAUGCAGCCUGUGAGGAAAGUUCAGUCAGCUACUCAUUUCAAAAGAGUUAGGGGUCCUUCACCCACUAAUCCUAAUGUCAUAGUAGAAGAUUUACUUACUCCGUGCUCUCCGGGUGAUCCUGAUGCCAUUGAAAUGACAUGGGUGGAUGUCUCUGGGGAUAAACUUUUGGAGCCAACUGUUUCCAUGCCUGAUAUGUUACGGUCAUUAGCUAGCAUAAAACCAACUGUUAAUGAACAUGACUUGCUAAAAUUAAAGAAGUUUACAGAAGAUUUUGGUCAAGAAGGCUAAACCAAAGACAGCCGGGAGACUAUUGGCUAUACUUUUUCUUUCUUAGACACUCUUGCCUCUUUGGGGAUGGCAUUCAAAUAUUUGUGGAUUUUUCAAAAAAAUUUUUUUUUCCUUCUCCCCAGGAAAAUGAAGAUCUCUUUUGAAAGUUCCUUUAGCUUUAUGUUAUUUUUCUUCCAAUUUGUAUUAAGUAUCUCCUGUUUAACAAAAAACAAAAAUACUGAGUGGUAGAUAUUAGAGUUCUUACAUGAAAAGCAGUAAUGAAUAUUACUUUUUUUUUUUUGUACCUGGCAUAAAAUACAGUCACAUAGAAUUGACGUAAAAUGAACUGUGGCAUGUGCUUUGGAGAAGAGAUCAUCUUCAACAUCAUUUUUGUUGUCUAAGUCAAUUGAUUAUCCUAGAAAAAUUACUGUUAAAAAAAUUAAAAUUUGGUGGAGAGAUCACUGUAAAAAGCAAGGAACACUAUGAUUGGAUUUAGAAGAUUUUUAAUUAUGUGAUGACCAGUACUCAUAUUGAACACUGAUGAGUUUCGUACUGGGUUUUUUCUCUGUGUGUAUUUAAAUAUUGCCUUAAAAAAGCAUUAAGCUUUUGUUUUUAACUUUACUAGUUGAUAGGAACCUUUCACUGUGCAAUCUUGGAAAACUUAUAGACUUGACAUCGUCUUACCCUGGAGAAGAAUCUUCUCUAUCCCAGUAUCUUUUUUAUAGAAAGAAUUGACCAAAACAGAUUUUAAAUAUAUUUGUAAUUUUGGAAUACCAUGUCAUGAAAUACUGUUAUGGGAAGCUUUAAGGUAAUAGAGUGGUCAGCCUUUCAUUUGUAAGUGAUGACAUCAGUAAAUAUACAUAUAGAUUACAUACAUACACACAUAUGUACAUGUGUGUUAUAUAUAUGCACAUAUAUAAAAUUAUACAUUUAUGUGUAUAAUUUUCUUUCCAGUGAUAUUAGAGUAGUAGAGCUCUGGUCAUUUAGGCCGUACCCCCAUUUUAUACAUAUCAGUGUGAUAUUUAAUCAAAAUUUUGCAACUAGGCUGAUGUCAUCAAAUUAUUAAUUAUAAAAGCAACAUUUGGUUAUUUCUAAUAACCAUCUAAGUAUGGAUUUUAAAGACUGUAAGAUACAACACUAGCAUCAGCAUUGAGUGUGCCUUGUAAGUUUCUUUGGCUGUAAUUUUUAAAAAGAUCAUUGAAUUAUAUAGAAUGCAGUACAUUCCAUGAUUAUUAUAAAGUUCUCUACCUUAGAAAUGCUUUAGAACAACUUUAAAAUAUUUGCACAUUUCAAAUAUUAUGCAUUAUGGUUGUCUUUGGGUUUUUUCUUUUAUGUACAGGUUUUUGUGUACUUUUUAGAAAUCCUAGGUUUGAUGAAACAUGCUGUUCUUACAUGAAGUCAAAUGAUGAUACACCAUCAGCUAUAUUCUUUAGUCUCUUUUGGAGCUUCCAAGAAAAUGAACCCAAAUCCUUUACAUAAGGAAAUCUGUAAAAUUGUUCAUUAAAAUUAUGUACAUGUAAACAUU